AUGGUUAUAGAUUUCUCCGCGACUCUUCAGUCCAAGCUUUGUGAUCCCCUAGAAGUUACAGAUAUCGAAGUGCUCAUCGCGGACACGGGUCAUCAUAUUCAGCAGAUUCAUCAUGCAAUCCAGCCAGGCUCAGGCGGCCAUUUGCCCUCAAAUUUGGCCAAAGAUGCCGAACGACACGGGGGUAAUCUAUGGAAUCUUUGCGUAAGGUUAAAAAGAGGGAAAGAUGCGACUAAACCGGGGCAGAACACCAAGCUGGUCGCCAAGGCUCGACUUUUCGCCUUGAAUAUGCUGGAACUGGGCCGAAGUGCAGGCAGAGCUAAGAAAGACGACACAUCUGAGGCCGUGGAUCUUAUGAAUCUGGCUUUGGAACUCGCUAAAUUCUGCAUGGCAGUAUCAGAUUUGGAUUCAACUAGGUUAGCGCUACAAAAAGCUGCAGAGUUGAUGGAACGUCUCAAAGCAAUCUCUGUUGAAUCCUUAGGUUCCAUCGGACAAAAUAAAGGAAUGAAACUUGACGCAGAAUAUUUGGCAAUGAGGACAGCUAUGUCUUGGAAAGAAGAUAGGCUCGACGUUGCAGAGCACAUGUUUGGAAAAAUUGAUCAUCUUCGACCGGCGCUUGAUGCUAGCUCUGCAGAGAUCAUAGCUGAUACGUUUCAUCGCAUUGGAUAUGAUCUUUCUUCAAAAGGAGACUAUGGUAUGGCUGUGAAGUGGUUAAAGCGUGCGUAUGAUAUUAUAUGUCGUCAAGCGCUGGAUAAACUUUCAGUCAGAGGGCUGGAAUUGCGAUUGGCAAUAUUUCAAGGACUCGUCCGCGGGCUUCUUGACACUGAUUCACAGGAGUGUUUUCAAGAAGCUGAUAAAUUGAUUGAAUAUAUUGAGUCUGAGAUUGGAGAUAAGCCGCUGGUACUGCACUUGCGCCUUGAGCUUCUCCAGAAAGCACCAGAAGUAGUGUUUGAUGUUGAAGCCUACUCUGGUGUACUCCAUCGCAUGGUUAGAUCGUUUGACUAUUCCGAUAUGACUUUCAUCUUUCUCUUACAUCAUCUCAAGAAUUUGAGAGAAAGAAACCAUCGCCUGGCGCGCGGUCUAUUGGAUGAGCUUUUGCUGCGGCACGUCAUUGCAUCAAAGAAUAGUGAAUGGAUGGGUAAAACUAUCGUGCGAAGGAUCUGGAUGAAUACAACAAGAGAUACGGAAAAAGCUCGACAAGUUUUUCAUUCUAUGCCUGAUAAUGUUAAAAACCAUUUUCUCACGAGAUACCUCACAUUCAAAGUAUCCCUCAUUGACCAGGAUCAUGAGCUUGGCUGCGAGAGCAUCGAGUAUCUCAGUAAACUCUCCGACUGCUCAGAAGGUCGGGACAUAUUGUAUGCAUGUAUCCGCGAGGCACAACAGGCAGGAGAUAGACAAUGUGCCUUGGCGGCACUUCAAGCCAUUAUCAGAAGUUGGAAUGGCAAUGAAGUGACGCCGAGCAAUUUGCCAUCAAUAUUACGCUGUUCAAUACGCCUUAUCCAGCUAAUUGAAGAAGAUGACGAUACGGGGAAAGUUCAUCUUCAGAACACGGUAUAUGCCGACGAUUUAUGCUAUUUAUUUGAGAAAGCAGCUGAAUGCGCUGAACAGAAUCCUCAAGACGGCGAUAACAAAGUGUUUACUGUGUUUGAAUUACACUGGUUUCGAAAAAAUGCAUACAAUUUGGGCGUUUUAAAUGAGAUAGCAAUAAUGGCCAUGCGUUGUCACUUUGUUGUCUCAUCAGCGCUGAUAUCGCUAGCUCGAACGGAAGACAAGGUAGAUGACCAAUUACAAUACUACCUUGAAGCUAGACGGCACAUCAGGGAAUUCGAUGCCAUGUUAGAGAUCAAAUUUGAUACGACUCAAUAUGAAAGCGUGAUAAUAGAUUUAAUGGCCAAGCUCUCUACGUUGCUUGUGUUCGACUUUGAAGCGGCCACUGCGUUGAAAAACUGGGACUCCUUAAACGAAAUCGUUCGAAAAGCAAAGACAUGCCAAGACGAAGUCACUUACAAAGCAAUGGGGGACUGCAUACUGAGAAGCAGAGCCCCGGCAAAAGUAAUGUUUUCAACCAUGCGACUAAUAAUUAAUGAGAUUUUCGAGUUGGAGAAGUUUGAUUACGAGAAACUCAUGAAAUACAUUCGUUGCAUGUUUCAAGUGAUUCUGGGAACGGACGACAUUUCAGCUCUCCAGCUUCUUGAACAAGCAUUGCAGAUAGCCAGCGAGGCGAACGAAAUUGGAAAUCAGCUACCGUCUGCUGAAGUAGAAUGGCUUGUCGCCACUACCUUUAACCAUGGUAUCGAAUACUACGUCCGAGGAGAAGCAGAUGCAUGCCAUCGCUGGUCGCUGAAGGCCAUGAAUCUAGCUAAUUAUGUUGAUGAUGGCGGUGUGAUGAGAGACAUGCUGCAUGAUAAAUUUGCCCAGUUGCAAUUUGACGGGAGACUUGGGCGAAUGGCGACGGCAGUAUCUCGAUGAGUUUUUGUAUGCUCUUUUUCAUUUGCAGACGCAUACUUUGAGGGUUGAUAAAAUAAAUAAUGGACAAGCGCCGUAUCAGACCUGGAGUAGACGGUCGACGAUGGUGAUCAUUUAGGAGUAAGGACUGAGAUGAGCGUGAGAGUGUACGUAAGGGUGAAAUUAUCUUGCUAUCAAUAAUCGAAUACCAGUCAAUAGUAUACAGGCUAUUUAUUAUAUCGCAUGUGUUCUUGAAAAGAAGCCUCAUUACACAUACAAGACAAAUGCACUACACGCUUUCAUCAUAAAAAAACAGAGACAAGGGAAAGGGAAAAGAGGGCUAGAAAAUGGGUAAAGCACAAUAAAAAUGCUCUCGUGGUAUCUCCUACUCUUGCGUCCGUGCUUGAC